AUGGUAGUAGAUUAUAAAAAAUUAAAUAAUAUUACUAUUAAGGAUAAUCAUCCAUUACCCAAUAUGAAGCAAGCAACACAAUUAUUAGGUGGUGGUUAUAAAUUUUUUCCAAACUUGAUACGAAGAGGUGCUUCGCAAUCUCAAGCGUUUUUACAAUUGAAACAAUUAUUAAUUACUUCUUCAUUAUUUCUUGAUUUUCCAAAUGAUAAUUAUCCUGUUAUAUUAACAACGGAUGCAUCAGAAAUUGGUAUUGGUGGUACAUUACAACAAAAUAUUAAUGGUGAAAUAAAAAAUUUAUAUUAUCAUUCUCAAGUUACAUCUUCUACUCAACGACGAUAUGAUUCUAUUGAAUUAGAAGCAUUAGUUAUAUGA